AUGGGGCCUCUCACUGAAGGCGACUGGAAGCCUACUUGGAGUGACCACCUUUUUGCAGACGUCUCCGUACCUCUACCUUCAGAACGGAGUAUUAUAAUCCACUCACCCCCUUCUUCUCCACCACAAGAACCCCCAGCCAAACGUCUUAAAAUUUUUAUUGACAAAGGUAAGACCGUUAUCGAUCCUGACCCCGAGCCUACCCCUCCUCCCAGUCCUACCCUUGCUCCCGAGUUAAAAGACGUCGAGGUUAUCGAGUCCUCCGUCAGGCCAGCAUCUCGCCACCUCCCACAGAUUCGAGCAUCUCCUCCCGAUGAAGCCGGACCCUCUGUCCGACGCCCUUCACCACCACCACCUACUUCUCGAUCGCCCCUACCCACUAUCGACUGGAUUGACAGCGACCCGGAUGACCUGCCGCCUUCUCCUCGUUCUCAACCAGUGAACGACUUUCAUGACUCUGACGGAAUAGAGUCUGACCCCAGCGAGGAUUCCUUUUCGUCAGAGUUUUAUUUGUAG